UGGAAAUGUUAAUAGAAACCUAUAUAAUAGCAGAGGAGGGCUGUGCAUGAGUCUGCAUGUUGUUUUAAUAGUAUAUUUUAAAACACUGAAAGAACGAGUAUACAAGGACCCACAUCAUCUAGGGCUGGACAUCGGAAGUUGGGGGUGUAGGGACUGGAGUGGAUCUUGACUGAGCAACUCUAAUACAGGUUUGUUAACAUGGCCAUGGUUGGAGCUUGACUUGUUGCAUCUAUAGCCUCAGCUUCUAUAUUUCUGAUCUCUGUCUUGUCUGCAUCUGGAAUCAGACCCAUGAGCGGGACAAACCAGUCAAGUGUCUCAGAGUUCUUCCUCCUGGGACUCUCUAGGCAGUCCCAGCAGCAGCGUCUCCUCUUCGUGCUCUUCCUGAGCAUGCUCUUCCUGGCCAUGGUCCUGGGAAACCUGCUCAUCAUCCUAGCUAUCAACACAGACUCCUGCCUGCACACCCCCAUGUACUUCUUCCUCAGCAGCCUGUCCUUUGUGGACAUCUGCUUCACCACUGUCCCCAAGAUGCUGACCAAUCACAUACUUGGGACUCAGACCAUCUCCUCCUCUGGCUGUCUCACACAGAUGUAUUUCGUCAUUGAGCUUGCUGACAUGGAUAAUUUUCUCCUGGCUGUGAUGGCCUAUGAUCGCUUUGUUACUGUGUGCCACCCCUUACAUUACACAGCAAAGAUGACCCAUCAGCUCUGUGCCCUGCUAGCUGCUGGAUCGUGGGUCGUUGACAACCUGAAUUAUCUGCUGCACACCCUGCUGAUGGCUCAACUCUCUUUCUGUGCAGUCAACACCAUUCCCCAUAUCUUCUGCGAUGUGACUCCCCUCCUGAAACUCUCCUGCUCAGAGAUUCUUACUGAGGCUGCCCUGGUCAUAAUCGCCCCAUUUCUUUGCGUCCUGGCUUCCUAUAUGCACAACAUGUGUGUCGUCCUGAAGGUCCCAUCCACAAAGGGACAAUGGAAAGCCUUCUCCACCUGUGGCUCCCACCUGGCUGUGAUUCUCUUUUAUGGCACCAUCGUUCUGUAUUUCAACCCUUCAUCCUCCUCCUCAGCUCAGAGAGAUACAGCAGCUGCUGUGAUGUUCACACUGGUGACUCCCAUGCUGAAACAUUUUAUCUACAGCAUGAGGAACAAGGACAUAAAAGGGGCUCUUGGAAAGGUGGUUCCGUUGAAAUUUUUUUUGUGUUCAGUAGUGAUAUGGGCUAAGAUAUUCCUAGAAGGAGCUCAUUACUGAGAUAAUCCUAUUUUUUCUACUGUGUGAAACGUAGCAUUUUUGUUUAUUUUGAGGUGGAGUCUGACUCUGUCACCCAGAGUGGAGUGCAGUGGUGCAAUCUUGGCUCACUGCAACCUCCAUCUCUUGGA